AUGACCAAGGUAUGCCGCCUGAAAGGUCAUUACGAAGAGUCGAUGCAUCACCUCGGCCUGUUCCGCGCGGAGCGCCACCUAUGCGAUCUUAAUGGGGAGUCGUUGGAGCCGCAAAUAUUCAUCCAAGAGCUUGAGAACCUCGUACAGACCGACCAAUUGGAAGCCGCUCUGGCAAUGAUUGAGAACGAGGAUACUUGGGUGCAAAGUACGCAGGAGAGCGGCAUGAAUUUGGAGCUCCAAGUCAAGAAGGCAUUUGUCUUCGCCAAAAUACAUCGGGCCAGGGGAGACUUUGUUAGUUGUCGGGAUACCCUCCGGUGUGCCGUACAGCGCCCAGACGCAGCGGACAACAUUGUCCAUCGUUGCUGGUUGGCAGACGCACACACAGAUUUGGGCCAAUACCGCGAGGCGUAUGAGGUCCUGAAAACUAGCGUUCAUGGACAGCUGGUCUUUAAGGCUAUGUGCAAGCAGAGACCGGGUCGUCGCAUACUAACGAGUCUUGCCGAUGUUCAUCUUGCCCGCGGCGAUGUCACUGCAGCCGAGCAAGUUCUCGAGGUGCUUACAGAUGCCCAUACGCAAUUGUCCAAAUGCUCCGUCUCCGAUCAGCUACUCGAUGUCCGCACACUUGUCAGCUAUGCACGCUGCAGUCCCGAAUCGGACGUGCCAACUGCUACACGUCGCUGGGGGAAAGUGCAGGGCGCGGUCGAGCGACAUCCGUCUUUCUGCGCCAAAGGAACAAUCUAUGGUAUAAGUGCUUUGGCGUUGUGCCACGUUUGUCUACAAGCUGGCGACUCAGCAGAGGCAUUGCGGCAUUUCCGUGAUGCCAAGUCGUCACUUUCGACCGGGUCGGCCUACUACUGGUUCCCGAAACUGACCCCCUGGACCGAAAGUCUCGCGGGGAAAAUUGCGUCAUUGACCGGUUGGAACCUCGGCGACAGUGACGUACCAUGA